AUGGCUCCUACGAGUCUGAGAUCGGUAGUCUUUCUUGUGCUAGCGGUAGCCGUAGUUGUUUCCGAUGCGCAGUUACAGCUGUCAGAAUCGUUCUAUGAUGCCACAUGUCCACAAGCCGCAUCCAUCGUCCAACAGAAGGUGAAUGCAUUUGUGGAUGCCGAUCGAGGCCUCGCUGCAGCUUUGAUGCGACUUCAUUUCCACGAUUGCUUCGUCCGGGGCUGUGAUGGAUCCGUCCUUCUCAAUUCUACCGAGUCUAUGCUGACAGAGAAAGAAGCACUGCUGAACAAGGGUUCUCUGAAGGGAUUCGAGCAGAUUGACGAAAUAAAGAUGGAGCUUGAGUGCGCAUGCCCAGGUGUGGUAUCCUGUGCUGAUAUUUUAGCAUUGGUCGCCCGAGACGCUACCGCUAAGGUUGGUGGCACUAGCUGGCCCGUGUUUCUGGGCCGUAUAGAUGGAGGUGCUUCAUUCGCAGACGAGGUCAACAUUAGUUUACCUGCUCGGAAAGGACGUACUGGUAGUGAAAAGUAUUCAUGGAGCAUAUUGGCCUUUCCAGGAGGACACUCUAUCGGACAAGUUCACUGUGGUGCAUUUUUCGAGCGCCUCUACAACUUCCAGGGACUGAACAUCACCGAUCCCUCCAUGGACCCUGAGUUCGCUGCUAUGCUCAAGGUCCAGUGCCCUCCGACCAAGCCCUUUGGAUUCAUGGCUUUGGACGCGACCAAUGGCACCUUCGACUCCGCGUACUACUUGGACCUGCUGACGAACAAGGGCCUGCUGGAGUCGGACGUGGCGCUCUUGAGCGACCCUCUGGGCGUGGAAUAUGCCAUUAGAGCAGUGCAAGAUCCCAUGGCCUUCCUGACCGAGUUCGGAUGGGCCAUGAUCAAAAUGGGCGCCAUUCCUGCGCUCGAGCCCUACGGCUGGAGAAGACACUGCGCGUUCGUUGAAGCCAAAUAUUAG